UUGAUAAGUGCAUUAAUGUGGAAAAAAACCCCUCUUAUCUCUUAUGUUUCAGGUUAUGACUUUGCUGCUGUGCUCGAGUGGUUUGCUGAACGCGUGGACCGCAUCAUUCUUCUCUUUGACGCACACAAGUUGGACAUCUCCGAUGAGUUCUCCGAGGUGAUCCGAGCUCUGAAAAACCAUGAGGACAAGAUGCGGGUGGUGCUCAACAAAGCCGAUCAGAUCGGUACCCAACAGCUAAUGAGGGUUUAUGGUGCCCUCAUGUGGUCACUUGGUAAAAUUGUCAACACCCCAGAGGUCAUCAGAGUCUACAUUGGCUCUUUCUGGGCUCAGCCUCUCCUGGUUCCAGAUAACAGGAAACUGUUUGAGGCAGAGGAACAAGACCUUUUCCGUGAUAUCCAGGGACUUCCACGAAAUGCAGCGCUGCGUAAGCUGAAUGACCUAAUCAAACGAGCCCGUCUAGCCAAAGUUCAUGCCUACAUCAUCAGUGCUUUGAAGAAAGAAAUGCCAAAUGUUUUUGGGAAAGAGAAUAAGAAAAAGGAGCUCAUUGCUAACCUGGGUGAGAUUUAUACAAGGAUUGAAAAAGAACAUCAGAUCUCCCCUGGUGAUUUCCCUAAACUCAGUAAAAUGCAGGAAAUCCUCGCUGGUCAAGAUUUCACUAAGUUUCAGGGACUGAAGCCCAAGCUCUUGGAAACAGUGGAGGAUAUGCUGGCCAAUGAUAUUGCCAAACUCAUGACCCUUGUUCGGCAGGAGGAGGCUGCCAUGCCCAGCCAGGCGGUCCAGGGUGGUGCUUUUGAAGGCACCAUGAAUGGACCCUUCGGGCAUGGCUAUGGAGAGGGGGCUAGUGAAGGCAUUGACGAGCUGGAGUGGAUCGUGGCGAAAGACAAGCCAACUUACGACGAGAUCUUCUACACCUUGUCACCUGUCAACGGGAAGGUCUCUGGUGCCAUGGCCAAGAAGGAGAUGGUCAAAUCCAAGCUGCCCAACAAUGUUCUAGGAAAGAUCUGGAAGCUUGCUGAUGUAGAUAAGGAUGGGUACCUGGACGACGAAGAGUUUGCCCUCGCUAACCACCUCAUCAAGGUCAAACUGGAAGGUCAUGAGUUACCUACUGAUCUUCCUGAUCACCUCGUGCCUCCUUCUAAACGAGGACUGUAAACAAUUUGGGAAAAUAAAUAUGAUCAUCGAGCCAUUCUUUGAAGAGGUUAUGGAUCUGGGAGAAUGGGGGGGGGGGGGGUCUGGAAGUAUAAAAAUAUAUAAACAGAAUUUAUGAUAUAAUUAAACAAUAUACAUUAGCUGUGGGAAUAGAGCCAAGUAAUAUUAAAUUUAUCCAUCACUACAGUUUGUCAAUCUCACUAAUAUUAUUUUCUUUGUUCCUCUUAGACCAGUAUUUAGCAACCUAAUCAAAACAAAAAAUAUUAAUAAAUUAGACCGCAUCCUGUUAUUGUAUUUUUCAAAUGCUUGAUGUAGCCAAAUUCUGAAUAAGCAAGUAUGAUGGCAUGCUUGCAGGGAGAUUAAUUCAUUAUGAUCAAAACUAUAGG